CGUGAUUGGGAACUCAACAAAGGGUUUUUUAAGUAAAUUACCACCGCGGCACGUCGUGCGAAACCCUAGCAUUGCGUUCACUCGCUCCGGCUAUAAAAUCAGCCUCACCCUCACAAACCCUUCUGCUUUCUCCCGCUACCCGUCUCUCUCUCUCUCUGCUUCGCUCCAGCAUUUCUCUGGGCAGCUAGGGUUUCACUGCCUCCUUCACGAAGUCUCUGCUUGUGAGUUUGACUUCAGAGGCUUAAAAUGGGUAAGGAAAAGUUUCACAUCAACAUUGUUGUCAUUGGUCAUGUCGACUCUGGCAAGUCGACCACAACAGGACAUCUCAUCUACAAGCUUGGAGGAAUUGACAAGCGUGUGAUUGAGAGGUUUGAGAAGGAAGCUGCUGAAAUGAACAAGAGGUCAUUCAAGUACGCAUGGGUGUUGGACAAGCUCAAGGCCGAGCGUGAACGUGGUAUCACCAUUGAUAUUGCUCUGUGGAAAUUUGAGACCACCAAGUACUACUGCACGGUCAUUGAUGCCCCUGGUCAUCGUGAUUUUAUCAAGAACAUGAUUACUGGGACAUCACAGGCCGACUGUGCUAUUCUGAUCAUUGAUUCCACCACUGGUGGUUUUGAAGCUGGUAUCUCCAAGGAUGGCCAGACCCGUGAGCAUGCUCUCCUUGCUUUCACCCUUGGUGUGAAGCAAAUGAUUUGCUGCUGCAACAAGAUGGAUGCCACCACUCCGAAGUACUCAAAAGCAAGGUAUGAUGAAAUCGUGAAGGAAGUGUCUUCUUACCUGAAGAAGGUGGGCUACAACCCUGAAAAAAUCCCCUUCGUCCCAAUAUCUGGCUUUGAGGGUGACAACAUGAUUGAGAGGUCAACUAACCUGGACUGGUACAAGGGCCCUACCCUCCUCGAGGCCCUCGACAUGAUCUCAGAGCCUAAGAGGCCAUCCGACAAGCCCCUCCGCCUUCCCCUUCAGGACGUCUACAAGAUCGGCGGCAUUGGAACUGUCCCAGUUGGGCGGGUUGAAACUGGCGUCAUCAAGCCUGGAAUGGUUGUUACCUUUGGGCCCACUGGGCUCACCACUGAAGUAAAGUCCGUGGAGAUGCACCACGAAGCUUUACAGGAGGCUUUACCAGGUGACAAUGUUGGGUUCAACGUGAAGAAUGUGGCAGUGAAGGAUCUCAAGCGUGGCUUUGUUGCAUCGAACUCUAAGGAUGAUCCGGCAAGGGAGGCGGCGAAUUUCACGUCCCAGGUUAUUAUCAUGAAUCAUCCGGGACAAAUUGGAAAUGGGUACGCCCCAGUUCUUGACUGCCACACGUCCCACAUCGCUGUCAAGUUUGCCGAAAUCUUGACCAAGAUUGAUCGACGAUCUGGCAAGGAGAUUGAGAAGGAGCCCAAGUUUUUGAAGAAUGGUGAUGCGGGCAUGGUUAAGAUGAUUCCGACCAAGCCUAUGGUUGUGGAGACGUUCUCUGAGUACCCACCAUUGGGAAGGUUUGCUGUUAGGGACAUGCGCCAGACAGUUGCUGUUGGUGUUAUCAAGAGCGUGGAGAAGAAGGAUCCGUCAGGUGCCAAGGUCACAAAGUCUGCUGCCAAGAAGAAGUGAAGCAUGGAGUCCGGUUGGAGUUCCAUCAAUUGCUAUCCUAAAAAAGACCUGGUUCUUCCUGGUUAUAUUUUGAGUUAUUUAGUUGAUCUGGUUUGUUUCUUUGUUUGCUACAGUUUUUUGUCGUUGCUGCCUGGUCGUUGCUCCCGUAAUUGGGUGCUGGACCGGCGGUGGCGGCAAUUAAGUUAUGCUUUGCAAGUCUAAGUUUUGAACUUGAUUCUAUUUUUGUGAGGAUUUAAAAGACAAUUUCUACUUAUCGAGGAUCUUGCUAUUUGUUCGUCCUCGUCA